UGAUCCAUUUCGCUGAACAUGAACACUUUUGAUUUUUAUUAUUCGCAUUCGAUAUUCUUCUUCGGUUGCGAGCAAAAGAAAUUAGAACAUUUAGAGCCUAUAAUUGAUCCGUUGUCUAUCCUAUUGAGGAGAGAACCACUAUGAAGCUGAUAUCUGGAGUUUCUCGCUGUCAGAGCUAAAUAACCCAACGGAAGCCAGUUUUUUUGGCGUUGCUGCUCACGAACUAUGUCAGUGGCGUCAGUGGUGCAUAGAUGACGGAGUGUGCUUCUCCCCGUGAAGUAUUCACUGCACGGGCUAGAGUUAAUGGUAAAGACUGUCAGAUUUGCCAUGAGCGGACAUGGUUUGGCUGGAAUAGGGUGUCGCGAGGGCAAUCAGGACACUAUGAGGAUGUAGCAGAGCUGGUAGAUGUUCUGGCCGUGCUGCCCACGCGUAGAGGCGGGUGUUUGGACAUAGCUAACCGGACGUGUCCGAGUGGCCACACUGAAAUUACCCUGUACCAUGGUAGAAAAAAGCCUAAGCACCAACGCACUCUGCAGACCAUCGUGGUGGAAUUCAGUGAUCCCCAGGAGUGCAUACAGUGGUCCCUUCGGCUUCAGUCCUCGGUUGCAGAAGUCCGAGGGCGUCCUCGCAACGUGCAUGUUUUCAUUAACCCGGUCGGCGGCAGAAAGCGAGCGCCGGCAAUCUACCAGAACCAGGUAGCACCUCUGCUGCACAUAGCCGACGUGAAUGCAACGGUCACGGUGACAGAACGGGCCAAUCAUGCCCUGGAGGCACUGCAGGAGAUGCAGCUGACCGGUGUGGAUGGCCUGAUCUGUGUCGGUGGUGAUGGCAUGUUUCACGAAGUGCUGAACGGCCUGCUAUUGCGAGCGCAGCGUGAUGCUGGCGUCAACGUCGACCGCGCUCGCUUCCUGCCCGUCCGGCCACGCAUCACCAUUGGUAUCAUUCCGGCAGGUUCUACUGAUGCUGUUGUGUUUGGCACAACUGGUACAGUUGAUCCUAUCACCUCCACUAUUCAAAUCAUAUUAGGCGAAUCUCAGGCUAUGGACAUCGCAUCCAUUGAAUCCAGCGGCUGCUUGCUGAGAUUUGCAUCACUGGCAUGUAGCUACGGGUUUCUUGGCGACACACUAGAGCACAGUGAAACAAUGCGAUGGAUGGGACCACGGCGCUAUGACAUCGCAGGCACGCGCUGUUUCCUCAAGAAUAAGGGUUAUGGCUGCAAGAUCAGAUACUUGCCCAGUCAAGACGAGGAGAGUCACCCACUCGACAAGUCCUCCUGUUUCACAAAUUGUCCAGUGUGCAAUAAAAGCACGGACGAAACUGGAACUAACCGGGAGUUUGAGAAGGGAGCGUCAGCGUUGGCCACGAAUGAAGAAGUUGCUGAUGCAACUGACUCUUCAAUCUGGCAAAGCCUGGAGGGCCGCUUCUCAAGCGUUGUCGCGUGCCUCAGUGCUUGUGCCUCGCCUCGAUCUAAAGCCGGUCUCUCACCAUCCGCUCACUUCGGCGAUGGCUGCUUGGAUCUGCUGAUAGUUCGGCAUGGCUCGCGCCUGAAUACAUUACGUCAGCUUGUCCGAGUGGCAAGGCAGGGUUCACCUCUAACAUUGCCAUUUGUUGAAGUCCGCCGCUGCAAGGAGAUUCAGUUUCGUCCUAUCCUGCCACCUGAUCUGGAAGAUGGACUGAGAACUCGUUCGGAGGCCUCGUCUGUCCUGCAGCUGUCGCGAUCUUCCUCGGACAAUCGUCUUGCAGCAAAUGGUCGCUCUGGGCACUCACUGAGUACGGGUGGGAACACAGUGGCAGAUGCAUCAUCCACCACCGGCUUAACUGAAACCAACAACGGAACACCGCGUACACCAGAGCCACCAUCGCCAUCUGAAGUUGUUAGCAGUGCUGAGAGAGCUGCAAGGCUGCGGGACCACGUCAGCAUAUGGAAUGUGGAUGGUGAAAUUGUGUCUCAGGCCGGCAUCGACGUACGUGUUCAUCGUCAACUGAUCACACUCUACUGCAGCGGCAUAUCAGCGCCUGUCGACACUGACCGUACUGGCUGCUUUGGUGGUGCCAACAGCCGAUCAAGUCCCUCUCGGCCGUAGCUCCGUCAAAAGUUCCAGUUCUGGUCUUGGUCUUGUUGGUGAUAUGUUUCUGUUCCGGUCAGCUUGGCCCCGCGGCUACAGCUGGUCCUGUGUUGGUGAUGUGUUUCUUUUUCCGACAGCGUGACUCUACGGCUGUAGCUGGUGCUGUGUUGGUGAUGUGUUUCUGUUCCGACAGCUUGGCCCCGUGGCUGCAGCCUGUGCUGUGAUGCGUUCUCGACUGCCACAGUCUGUGUGUGCUGCUGCUCGUCCCUAUAUCUGCUUCCAUUAAUGGCUUAUGCGUUCCUUGACGAAACAACUUCAGAUGUGUACCUUUUUCUGUCCCCGGUGGUGAUGUGUUGUAGCGUAGCUGUCUUCUUUGGAGUUCAGUGACACGGCUGACAAAUGGGUGCCAACUUCACUCAGGAUGACACUGUUGUAUGCUCAGCUGCGGAGAUAUAAUCGAGAUAUGUGAUUAGUAAUUUAAAUUGUGUUGGUGGUGACUGUAUCGUUGUUGUUGUUGUUGUGUGUGUGUGUGUGUGUUUUAUCGUCCUGCUGUUUCGCAUCAGAGUAAGUUAUGUGAGCUAUGUGUUGCAUGCUCAAUGCCCCCCCCCCCCCCCCCCCCCACUUUACUCAGACUCCUUUAUCCAUGUGUUGAUUCAUAUUUCAAAAUUAUAUUCAGAGGCUUUUCUUCAUUUUUUACUAAUCCUUGGAUCACAGACUUAUAGUUACGGCUUGUCUCCUGUUUUGCUGCGUUGCGCCUGUCGUUUCAUGCGCGCUGUGUAGAAAUGAGCGAAACCCCUCGCAUCUCCUUAUCCUCUGCAGGCAGUGUGUCGAGUGUGUCCCGCUCUCAGGCUUCGCCGUUUGGCAACGCUCCUUUUCCUGUACUAGCUCUAGUCUGUUCUGUAUCGGCAUCGGUGUCUUUUUUUGUAAGGGAUGGCUAGCUCUUAUGGCUGUGUGCUUCUUGGCGACACCAUGCCGCUACAUCAUGUUCUCUGUCCUAUUAAUGCUAGGCCGUAGAAGUUUAAUUGUUAGUACUUUUUAACCUUUCUCUCUCUCUUGGUUUUUUUCCGGAUCUCUGUAGACAAUGUGCCACCACUGUGGAUUUUUAUUUUUGUUCAACUCUCCGGUGAGCUAAGACUAACAUAAUGUAAACGUUGCUACUGUGCUGGAUCCAAGUAACACAACUGGCUGCGUUUUCUAUCGCCACAAUGACUUUCCCCAAGACGAGAAUGUUAUUUUUUUCCAACCCAUA